AUUUUAUAAGGUCAAGGUAAGAUAACGUGUUUACAAUUUAUUAAAGUGCUAAAUUUAAACUUAAUUUCAUACAGAUAUACAGCGUUUGAAUAAAUGCUCGAUACAAAAUGAAAUUUAACCAUUUAAUGACAAUUUAUGUGGUUUUGAAGUGUGUAUACUUAAAUGUAAUGGAUAAUCACUUGGAGAAAAAUGUUAAACGUUAUGCUUUGGAAAUAGAUUCCCAUAGUAUUGAGAAGUUAAAAACACAUGCAGAGACGUUUGGAUUUACCUUUAUUACACAGAUUGCCUCCAACGUUGUUCUGUUUGAAUUACGAGAGGAUCAUGACAAUCAGGCCAAGAAGAGGUUAGAUGACUUCAGGGAGGCUUUUCCUAAUGAAAUUAUAUCUGUGUCCCCUUACCAACUAGCCACGGUGAGGCAUCGGAUCACAAGAGCAACAACACCCAACAAACUAUCUGAGGCAUUACUCCUACGUAAAAAACGGUCUUCAAAUUUGGUGUGUGAGCCCUACUAUGACUCCAGUAUACAGGAAGCCUGGGCCCUGGGUUACACUGGGAAGGGAGUCACAGUGGCAGUCGUUGAUACGGGAAUAGAAAUCCACCAUCCAGACCUCGUGAAAAAUAUGAAUAUAAAGCUGUCAUUUAGUUUCAUCGACAAGAACCAAAGUUAUAUUACACCACAGAAAACACAUAAUUACAAGGAAUUUGAUGACGUUACAAUACAUGGUACGCUUUGUGCCGGUGUUAUAGCGGCAGAGAAAGGCAAUGGUGUUUGUUCAGCAGGAGUCGCAUUCAAUGCAACAUUAGUCGCUUUAAAAGUUUUUGGCAUAGAAGAAAAGUAUUUAGAACGAGGGCUCUGGGAAGGGAAGCAGUUUAACUAUGACAAGGUCCACCUUGCAUUGCAGCAUAAAAGGAAUGAAAUUGACAUCUACUCAUCUAGCUUUAAUGUCGAGGAACCAUUUAUUAGAAAUGAACUUCUAAGUAGAACUGUACUUCAGCAAGGAGUGGAGCAGGGUAGACACGGUAAGGGAAGCAUUUAUGUCUUCUCAGCGGGAAAUUCGGGCGAUGAAGCCUGGAUACAUGAUCGAAAUCUGGAAACAUUUGCCAACAGCAUUUAUACUCUGGUUUUCAACAGUAUGGGUAUUAACGGAAGUCGUCCCAUAUACAUAAGGAAAGGUGCCUGUAUUCUGGCCGCAACAGUCGGCGAUCAUAAGCUGCUUACUGGAGAACCUUUGAGGACCACAAGUAACAAAAAUGGCUGUAAAGCGUUUUCAGGCUCGUCAGCGGCUGCUGCUAGAGCUGCAGGAUCCAUAGCACUCAUGCUCGAUGCUAAUUCAAAUUUAACCUGGAGAGAUGUUGCCUAUAUUAUAGUGCACACUUCUUCACUUGAUGCAGUCAAACAUGAGCAGGAGCAAACCAAUGGUGCUGGAUUGAAAUUUGAUUCAUACUUUGGGUUUGGUCUUCUCAAUGAAACAGCCAUGGUACUGAAAGCAAAGGAUUGGAAAAAUGUGCCUCUACUUCAAAAUAUGACAUUUAGUGCCGCUAUUAUACACAAUUCCGCACAUUCUGUCAAGUCAAAAGUAUUAGUUCACACAUGCAAACCAUCAUCAAAUAAUUGUGUUACAAAUGUGGAACAAGUAUCAGUAAACAUGAAAUUGUCCUCUGAUGAAGCCAGUUUUAAGGCGACUGAUAUCAUAUUGGUAUCCCCAUCAGGGACAGAGAGCUACGUAUUGAAUCAUUAUACAGGUAACAACACGUUUGACUUUAAAAAGCAAAUCCAUGAAACAUGGAGCUUCUCUUCAGUUCAUUUUUGGGGUGAAAAUGCAGCAGGUGAAUGGACCAUAAACGUACAUCACACACGAUGGACAGAAUUAUUCAAUUGGAACUUUGUGCCGCACCAUGCUGAAAUAACGUUCUUUGGGUAUUGUGAGAUUUGCAACGCCAGCUUAUUUGAAGAAAAUGCUCCUAGUUACUUACUUCAAAAGAUAUCCAAUGUUUAUGAAACACUGCCAAUACACACUUGGCUUCAAGUGGCUGUAACCCUAGUUGCUGUUGCGAUAGUCACCAUAAUAUUUUAUUACUAUAAUCUUUUUUCUAAGAUUACAUUUGUUUUGAACCUAUUUAAAUUGACAAUACAAAAACGACAAGUGACCCCCGUUUUCAUCCCACAGAGUCAAAUGAACAAAGAAGAAAGCGACAUGAGAUCGGACGAAUGACCCAAACCGUAAUGCAUUGGAUCAUAUGGGAUAUACUCGUAGAAUUCUUCCAGCCGUGUUUUAUUAUUUCGCAUAUUCCAAUAGAAGAGAUUUACAGGGCCCGAUUUUCAUGUUCAAAUGCUUACAAUUCGUGUGCCAGGACACCUCCGAGUUUAACAGUUUUAUUCCUUGGGAUACCAUCGGAACAUCGAAAAAGAACACAAAUUUUUAAUUAAUUUCCUUGAAGCCCCAGUCAAUUGUCAAUUAGCAUGUCACCUUUGAAUGGUCCUGCGCUUAGGUUGUCCAAAUCAUGUUCCGAGGUCGAAACUCUCUAUGCCAAUUUGGUCGAAUGACUUAUAGAAACUUCUAAAGUAAAUAACUUCAAAAAAUCGCAAGGGUCAUGAGUCGAGUAUUUGAUGUGUAAAACUGUCUGGUUUUCAUCUAUAGGAUUUGUUCAAAUCAUGUCCAAUGGUCAAACUAAUCAGUCCCCAGGGUCGACAUAAUUUUUAUGGACAUGUAUUGUUACAUCUUAUAGUGAUCCUCCGCUUAGUUUUUCCCAAUCAUGACCCUGACAUCAAAACUUGCCACGACCAAGGGUCAAAUUAUGUAUAUUAGACUUGUAUAGUUUGUAGUUUUUAUAUAGUUGUUUUACAUGUAUAUAGUGAACACUUCAAUUUGUUCUAAAAACCGUCUCAGAAUAUAUCAAAUGUGUGUCAUACAGAGUGAAAAAUCUAGAUGCAGACAGUUAUUACUCAUAAAUAAAAAAUUUUAACAGUUCUUA